GGCGGCGGAGCUUUGAAUAGGGAAGUUUUGCAGGGCUUACGCUGGCAGUCAGUCCGCUGUUUGCAAAUAUUGUGUGGGCUCCGCGCGCGGCGGGCUGCGGAGGGUCUGGACCGGGCGUCUGAUCGCCGGGCCCGGGAGUUUGCAUGAAACUUUCACCUGCGCUCGUGGGGACAGUUUCGGCUCCGACGCCACACCGCACAGCGCCCUGUCCUCCCGGUCGCGGGGACUGUCUUUUCCAGCCCGACAUGGAUGUGCUCCCCAUGUGCAGCAUCUUCCAGGAGCUCCAGAUCGUACACGAGACGGGUUACUUCUCGGCCCUGCCGUCCCUGGAGGAAUACUGGCAACAGACCUGCCUAGAGUUGGAACGUUACCUCCAGAGCGAACCCUGCUAUGUUUCAGCCUCAGAGAUCAAAUUUGACAGCCAGGAAGAUCUGUGGACCAAAAUCAUUCUGGCUCGGGAGAAAAAGGAGGAAUCUGAACUGAAGAUUUCUUCUAGUCCCCCAGAGGAUACACCAAUCAGUCCAAGCUUUAGUUACAACAUAGAGACCAACAGCCUAAACUCAGACGUCAGCAGCGAAUCUUCUGACAGCUCAGAGGAGCUUUCACCCACUGCCAAGUUUACCUCUGACCCCAUUGGCGAAGUUUUGGUCAAUUCGGGAAAUUUGAGUUCCUCCGUCACCUCCACACCUCCUUCUUCUCCAGAACUGAGUAGGGAUCCUUCUCAACUGUGGGGGGGUGUGUCCAGUGAGCUGCCCUCGCCAGGAAAGGUGCGCAGCGGGACUUCGGGGAAGCCCGGGGACAAGGGCAGUGGAGACGCCUCCCCAGACGGCAGGAGGAGGGUGCACCGGUGCCACUUCAACGGCUGCAGAAAAGUUUACACCAAAAGCUCCCACUUGAAAGCACAUCAGCGCACACACACAGGAGAAAAGCCUUACAGAUGCUCAUGGGAAGGGUGUGAGUGGCGUUUUGCAAGAAGUGAUGAGUUAACCAGACACUUCCGAAAGCACACCGGUGCCAAGCCUUUUAAAUGCGCUCACUGUGACAGGUGCUUCUCCAGGUCCGACCACCUGGCCCUGCACAUGAAGAGGCACCUCUGAGGGGGCAGAGAGGUGAAUCCUGUAGGCUAAAAGGCUUCCAGGCUGAGAGAUGGCCGUGGAAGGAGGGAUGCGUGUUCCAGCCAAAGCAUGCCAUUUGCACCCCACCCAGUUGCCUCCAGGACCUCUCCUCGGAAGGUCUUUCGAGGGCUACACAGUCAUGUAAGGAGCGGCAUUGCACCGUGGUGCGUGGUGUCUGGGUGACCCUGGAGUUGCCACUGGUCCUCACCUCUGAGUGGCUCCUGAGCCUUUGCCGUGAGCAUGCGCACUGAGAAUGUUAAUGGUUGGGUUGACUGUAUGUUGAGGAUCUAUCACUGACUGUAUGAUGAGGCAAACUUUUUCUCCUUGUGGUAGCGAAACUGCAAGAGACAGGAAAAAAGUAGUUUGAAUGUUUUGUGUGUAAGGAGUAUACCGUGAGAUGAGACAACCACCAGUCAUUUCCUGGGGGGUGUCUGCACCUUAGAAAAACAAAACAAAA